UUAAAUCCCGUUGAGUACAUCUGUUUGGUUUCCAGUCAAAGCUCGCACAUUGUGGUUCUGAGAUUUAUUUUGGGCGUAUCAAAAGAAUGUAAAAUUUAGCAAGUGAAAUGUAAUAGACUAUGUUCGACUUUGUUAAUGUUGAGCCUAAUUCUAUUAAAACAUUGAAUUUAUCAUGAUCCUGUUGUUCAUUGUUCCGCUCAUUUCUGCUUAAUAACAAAAUAUGCUUCUUAUAUGGCACCAGUGAGUUGGCAAUAGGACUAUAGAAUCAUUGUUCCACAGCUGUGUUUAUCCUAGUAUAAUGUCACCUUCUUCGGCAGUCCCUUUCAUUGAUACAGAGCCACAAUUAUGGCUCAUAAUCCGCAAUUACUAAGCUAUUAUCUCGGAGCGCCAAGCGAAAGGGAAAUUACUCCGGGGAGCCUCACAUUGGAGAAGAAGAGAAAACUUGAUGAUUCGGAUCAAUACCUCGAUCUAUCCAGUGAUGUCAAAGAGAUUAUUUUGGCCCUGAAGCAUGCCAGAAAAAACAGCACAGGAGUUGCAGAACAAGGAGACUGUAUCGAGGUCUACUUGAGGGAACAACAUCAUGUGGAUAAACUUUUGAGUCUUCUCAAUUAUAAGGAAUAUUCUGCACUGCAAUUUCACAGCAUUAAAGUCGUCAGUAUAAUUUGUCGGUCUGCAGACUUCGUGGCUCUUAUGAAAUCUACCAACUGCAUCAGUCUACAAGGAUACAGGACUUUAUCACAGAUAUUCCCAGCAAAAUCUUCAAUAAUCUGACUAAGAAACUUGCUGGAAUCAUUCAGGAGGCAUGGGAUGUUGCAUAC